GACCAAAAAAAAGGGACCACCACAACAAAAUUCUAACCCAGCCAACUCCGUGGUUGGCGAUUCAAUACCGUAGCGAGAGCCACUUCGACAUUUGUUCUUCCAGACCUUCUUCUGCUGCUCUGAUGACACCAAAGACGACAGAAAUUAGGAACUCUCAACAUACUUGUUGUGGCUUGCCAUUUGUUCUGUUCUAUUCAGUACCAUUGUUCGGUUCCAUUUCCAUUAGUUGUGUAUUGUGCUCUGUUGAAUGAGUAACUACUAGCUAGAUCACACGAACAGCUAGCUAUCAAGCCAUAUAUUAUUACAAAAAGAAAAACUCAGAGAGAAGAUGACGGACCAAUUCGCCAUGAGAACUGCCUCUUCUUCUAUAGCCUCAUCACAACAACAACGACAAAUCAAGGUCGUGGCGGGGUAUGCCCUUCAUGAACGCCUGGGUUCUGGCUCGUUUGCCACAGUCUACAAGGGAAUCAAGGUCCACCAAAGCACUGCGGGUGCGGACACGGUCGCCAUCAAGGCGAUUACUCGUACCAGUGAGAAGCUCACCAAGAAGGUACUUCAAAACCUGGAAAUCGAAAUCUCCAUUCUCCAGACAUAUCGACAUCAGAACAUUGUCUGUUUGCAAGAUGUCCAAAAGACAGAACACCAUUUCUACUUGCUACUAGAGUAUUGUGGAGGCGGAGAUCUACAACAGUUGAUUCGCAAUCGACGAACGGGACGUUUGACCGAACGACUCACACGACGACUCAUGAGAGACAUGGCGGCGGGGUUACGCUUCUUGUGGCAUCAAGAACUGGUACAUCGGGACAUCAAGCCGCAGAACUUGUUGCUCAUGGGAGCGCUGCCUCUGGAUGAAAUGCAUGACCCAGAACGAACCGAAGAAAUGGAGGCCAUUCGACGACAGACCAAUUUUCCCUCGGAGCGAUUCAUUCUCAAGAUUGCGGACUUUGGCUUUGCACGGCAUCUCAAAACCACAUCACUGGCAGAGACGCUCUGUGGCAGUCCGCUCUAUAUGGCGCCAGAGAUUCUACAGCAUCAUCGCUAUGAUGCCAAGGCCGAUCUCUGGAGUGUUGGGACUGUCUUGUUUGAAAUGAUUGCUGGACGGCCUCCCUUUCACGGAGAGAACCAUAUUGAUUUGCUACGAAACAUUCAACGAAAGGCCGUCCGUCUGCCUCCGGAAGUGCGGGUCAGCAAAGCUUGUGUCAACCUAUUGCGGCUACUACUCAACCGAAAUCCUCUCAGUCGGGCCGGAUUCAAAGAGUUUUUUGAAGCGUGUGAUGUCUUUGUCGCGCUAGGAUGUGAAGGGGUGACCAACGCUGAUAGUGGAACCUGCCGCCGCCCAUCCAAAAACCUGGGGUCCAUCCCGGAAGACGCCGCUCCGGUGACUUCCGCCGGCAUGGACAGUACCAUCACGGUGCAAACUACCAUGGCGCAUCAUCAGCAACAACCACCUCCUCAGCAGCAACCGCCAGUCACGCCUCCAUUCCAAACGACGCCUCCCACUCUCAAACCUCCGGCGCGACCGGCACCGGUCUUCUCCACGCCUCCUCUCAAACCAAUUAUGCGGAAUGGACCCAUGCUACAACCAUUGGAACCAAGUCCUCCCGGUGCACUGGGAUAUGUGCUCCAGCCAAACAACUUACCUAAUCUUCCCUCCUUGGAUGCACAGCAGCAAACAACAACACCCGCCAGACAACAACAACAAACACACAUUGGCUGGCAACAGCAGCCUCCCAAUGUCGAACUCGCCCACAUGCGUCGUGGGGAUGGAUCACCCUUGCAGAACUCGAGUGGAGAUGACAGUGGCUUUGUCAUGGUGGAACAUGGAUCGGCUGCGCCCACUGCCAUUGUGGCAUCAUCCACAGGCAAUAACAAUGACACGCAACUGUCGUCCUAUCAACGGCGGACAAGACUGGAACCGUCUCCUCCUCCGACAUCUGCUCCUCGAUACUUUUUGAGCCCUCCAACGACGGCUCCAGCUGCGGGCGAGAACCUGGUGCCAAACGAAGCACAUUUACAUUGUCGGGUCCCCAAGGGUAUGCUCAGCACCAGUCCAGGGACAGGAGGGGCUCUCAUGGGUUUGCUGCGCGGAAAGCGGAUUGGAUACACAAGCAACAACGACAAUAACAACAACAGCACUAGCGAAGCAACCAAGAAUCAUUGGGAGGCUCAUAUUGGAGCUGCCACCAAGUUGCUGGCCACUGCAGAGGAUGUGGGCCGCCGUGCGGUGAGUGUGGCGCAUCUUGGGGAUGCACGGGCAUACCUGGCACUGCGGUUGUCCCUGAUGACGGAGAGUGGGUCAUCCAUGCUCUCGGCGACGCCCAUGGAAGGAGUUGUGGAAGAAGAGGAAGGGAACGAUGCUAUCACGGACGAUUCAAGUUCUACAGAGAUCAUGACAACGUCAAGACGACCGAGAUCGGUGUCCGUAGACAAGGCGAUGAGAGAUGAUGGUAGCAAGCAACAAGAAGAAGAUGAAGUCGAGGAAAUGCCAUUUGCCUGCGUCAGUCACGACAGUACUUCAGCCUCUGUGGCUUCUGGAAUGCCGGCAAGGUCUCAUCCUCCCGCCUUUGGAAAGAGCCCCAGUACCACCUCCGCAACAAAGCACAUUAUCAAACCUACUCGAGCAAUUGUGCAAGCACACUUCAAAGAGGCUUUGUCGUGCUACCUAAAGACCCUGCAAAUGCUCAAGGGUGCCGUGACUGCGGCACAGAGCGUGGACAAGGAUCUCACCAUGUUCAUGUCACAGCAGCAAUAUCUGAGCUUAGACCAACGGAACCGAGUUUUGGCAUUACAGAAGCAGUGCGGCAUCACCGCUGGAUGGCUGAGUGGCCAAUUCAAGGGUGUUCUGGAUCGCGGAGAUGCCGCGAACAUUGAGAUUCGAAAACUCGAGAAUUCUGCCCAGCCAACAACAGACGCACAGCAGCAAUCCUCAAAGAGUGAAGUCCAUCCCGUCACUCCUGUCGAAGAGUUGAUAUACAACCAUGCUCUGGCCUGCGGAAGGGAAGGAGCUGUGAAGCAGCUUCUCGGACAGUUUGAGGCUGCGAGGUCCUGCUACAGAUCGGCUGGGCUGCUGGCCGAAACGUUGCUUAUGGAGGCGAGCAUUGGCAGUGAAGAUCGGAAAGUCUUGGAGAGCUAUGUGGAUGGAUUUGCUGCCAGGAUCACUGAGCUUGACGGCGCCAUGCAACAACAAAGCCGUUUGGCGGCAAGCGCUGCAGGGAAUAGUACCAGUACCAUGGCUUCAAAAAGAGGCUCGGGCACAGGUAUUGUUGGUCUCAUUGGACAGCCUCUGCAGUGCCCUCCAUUGGCGAGUGUGAACCUCGGUGGAAAGUAGCCAAGUAGUCGUCGAGUUUGAGAUUAGGUAGCUAAUUAGAAAUCAGUCCUUGCGGCUAACCGGACGGAUACUCUUGCUGAGUGAACAUUGCGUUUGCUAGGGUCGCUGGGAACUGCACUACCUGGUACCGGUGCGGUCUUUGGACUUGAUAAUGCUCCUGCCGCUAUUGUUGGCAUUGCUCCACUGUAAAUAACAUCUUUAUAAUACGGUUUUAGUGUGGAGACAAGAGGAAUGCUCCUGUUCAUCAAGAACUCCCAUCCUUGCUGCACCAGCUUCCUUCAACCAUGGUUGCUUCCUUCCAUCCAAAAAUUGCAGAGGGUGUAUUGUUGCCGUUUUAUGACACUGCCACAAGUGUCAAUUCUAUUUGGGGCAAACAUUUGCUUGCCACCCACAUCCAAAGAGCGACCUGGCCUAGCAUGCUCCUUUUAGAGGUCAAAAGUGAUGUGUGCACUCAUCGAGUGCGCACUUUGGGCGCUCAGUUCUUCCUUUUUCUCCUUGGCGGCAACAGCAGUAGUGUUGUGAGUUGUCUUCAAUACUGCCGCACGACUAGGUGUUGGUUUGACAUUGAUAGGGGCACCCUUUUCCCCAGCCUUGCUUCCACGGAAGACAAAUGUGGAACGACGACGUUGAUGCUCAAGACCGCUGUCAUUGCCAUCACGGAUACGGAUACAUUCCUUGCGAAGAAUGCCUUCGACCUGUUUCAUGGUGAAACGGACAGUCAAAUCGUUGGCCCAGCCACGCUUCAAGAGUAGCUUUAAGUUGGCUGACCAGGUUUCAUUGAUAAGUGGUCGUUUUUCCAUGGAACUCCAGACACGUUCCUUUAGUUUCUUGACUGUGUAAACUUCAAAGGGAGUGGUGAGAGCUAGCAUUUGCCAUAAGAGGAUGCAGAAAGAGUAGGUAUCACAGGUGCUAUUGUAAGGUUUUCCAAAAGCGACCUCUGUUUUCAAGCAGGACAUGGAAGCAGGGGCGGGAGGAAGGAACAAAGCAGGUAUGUGAGACUUCACAAAAAUAACGACAACUGCUUUCUCUUUAGUUGACAUGAAUUCUAUUUGUACUCACCUGGUGCCAUGUAACGAGGUGAGCCAGUAUCUCCAGUCAAUUUGUAGAGACCGUCUUCGGUCUUUAGGUCAUCUCUCAAUUCCUUGGCCAAUCCAAAAUCGAACAACUUGAUGUCAUCACGGACAUCGAAGCCAAUGUUCUCGGGCUGAAAACACAAUAAGUUCAUAGACAAGAAAGGAACAGCCAAGAGUUAGUUGGAAGAGAAGAAUACAGUGGUGAGACAUCCACUCCCCGUACGGAUGUAGCUCGCCAGUGCCCCAUACAUACAUACCUUUAUAUCACGAUACAGAAUUUGACGUUCGUGCAAAUAGUUAAUUGCGGCUGCCAAAUCAAAGGCAUAAACAACACGUUCCUCCAACAAAUCAUUCCUCUUUGCGCCCUUGCGAUCUAAGAGAUUUUUCCCAAAGAAGGAAUUUUGAACCUUGGCCUUGGGCAACCAGACCUUUUGAAUACGUCGUUCAAGAGUAUCAUAGAGACGGUCCAUGAUGAUAAAGUACCGUUCAUCGUAUGGUUCACACUUAGCCAUGGACUAUCCAAUUCCCAAAAAAGAAAUCCACGCAAGCAGAGCAACGGAAAGGGGAUGAAUCUACCAUCAUAGUCAUUUCAUACCAUCUUGACUGACUCGACUCGUACUUACCCUGAUUUUG